AUGCUUGCUUGCCUCUUCUGGGCCUGUCCACGGUCCACGGGUGUGUGUGGUAGUGGUGGUAAGGGGUGGGAGGAUACAUGGAGAGAGGCUGACCAGACGAGCCAGACCCGCCCGGCUGCUGGGCAUCGCCUCACGAAAAAGGGUCAUCAGAAUCCGUCAUGCCCGCCGCCUGCGGAGCCUACCAUUCUAGGAUACGAGCUUGAAGUUUACUCCCGUCUGCAUCAUAGCGGUGACCUUGCGGUGGUGUCUUCGGCUUCGCAGGCAGGGUUGCGGAGGGUGGCCGAUUGGAUCCUAAGAAUAUGCUCACCAGGCCAUGGGCCCGGCCUCCACGGGUGA